CGACUGCAUCGAAUGCCAAAUGUUUUUGGAGGCGUAGUAGCUGACAGCUGGAAAAAUUUCGAUUGAAGUAUGCGAUAUGCAAAUUGUAUAAGAGAUGAUGGAAAAUAUUACCGAAAGUUGGACCUAUUACGUGUACGUGCUGCUGACACUGGUUCCAGUCUAUUUGGCAUUUCAAUUAAUUAAGUUUUUGGGCUGGGAAUUGUUUGUCAACAACUGACACAAACUACAUAUGCAACAAUAACAACAAGAAGCGCAAACGUGAUUUUAGUCACAUGCGUUGCGUUGAAGCUGAUAAAAUAUAAAUGAGUUGCAGACAAAAUAAAAAAUAAAUGGCACUCUAACAACACCUUAAGGUCAAUAUGAGCAAAGACGUAAAGGUGAUGCCGGAGCAAUAGCUUACCAUCAGCAAUAAAAAUAAUAAAUUUAAAUCAUUUACGGCAUUUAAAACAUUAGAAGAAGAAAAACGAGUAAAAAAACGAGAAAAAAAAAUAGACGAGAGGCAAGACGAUUCUUUCGUCUUAACCAACAGUGGAUACGGAAGAAGCACAGAAAUUCUAGAUACAACAAAAAAGUACUAUAAGCUCAACGUGAAAAAGGUGUGCAAGUCAGUGCAAGUGCAAGAGUGCCAAACCAAACCGGCUGUGGGGGCGUAUGUGGCUGGGAAAUUAUUCAGCGCACAGUAAGCACGCGAGGAAGUCACUUGUCUUUACUUGCCCAGAUAAGUGGUGAGAGAAGGCAUGCUUGCACCUACUACAUAGCAAUUCAACUGAGUAUAAGUAGGUCUUGGCAGUUGGCAGUUGGUCAUAAGUACGGACGAGUGCAGUAGCAGAGCAGAGUAAUUUCCUUUGCCACCUUCUUUACAUUUUCUUCAUUGUGGCCACAUUGCAUGCAACUCAUCAUCGCCACCACACUGUGUGUGUGUGUGUUUCUUUUUUUGUUUCAUGCUUUUGGUUCGCUUUCAGCAUACAAAUGAAGAAAUAUGAGCGCGCGUUGUUAACUUAAAAUGUUGUUGAAGAGCAGCAGCAGAAGCAGCACUCAAUUGCAACAGUGUAAAGCAUGCAUAGUGAGCGCUAAAAGGAUACUAACAACUAUUAAAAAGAUUCCAACAACAAAAGUAAAGAACGUAAAUUCAAGAGUCGCACAAUCUCCCCUUAGCACUCAUUCGCUUCUGUACCCAUUCCUGUACGCGUCAUCGUCAACGUUGCCUGUGACGUCGUUAGACUCAUUGUCCCCGUCGUUAUCGCCAUACACAUCCUCAUCAUCAUCAUUACCCGGUUUAUCUGUGCUGUCUCCAAAUAAUAUUACAUAGCAGAGCUGGACCAGCGACUAAUAUCACAGCUAUAUGCUAGCGCUAAAAUCAAAUCUUGUGCAGCUUUAAAUGAAAUAUUAAUAUUUGCCCUCAUCCAUUGGCAAGUUUUUGGAAAACGUUUUGCCACCAAAAUCAAAGCGUAGUAAAAGUGGUAGCGCAGUAUUCUUCAAGACCAAUAUACAUAUAUAAAUAAAUAUAUCAUUCAUAAAGCCAACAGCUCGGUGGCAACGAAUCUGCUAAACCUUAAACGCACAAUCGUAAAGACAUCAACCUACUACAAAAAGCUAAAAAAAAAAAAAAAACAAGGAAGAGAAGAAUUUUAAAAG